CUUCACCAAACACCAUGCUCUUAUCAUCCAAGGACUGUCUUUGAUCUUCAUAUCUCUCCCUGGAAGCACGCUUGUUAAUUUAUACUGUCUGAAAUCUGUAUAUAAUGACUUUGUCAAGUUGCUUGAUUUCUACUGAAAUGGCGGAAAAAAGUGAGGUGAUACCAGUCGACGACAUUGCAAAUAAUGUAGAAGAGCUUAAAAAGCUGGUUGAAGCAAAGAUCAAAAGAAACGUUGUUUUGGACGAAAAAUGGACAGUUGGGAUUGAUCUCAAAUGUGUCAAUCCAUCAGUACCUGCACUUCUUAUCAAGAAAGACAGUACUUGGGGUGCCGUUAGAGUCGAUACCAGCCCAGUAUUAAAUAAAGUCUCCGGACCAGGACAAAGCUCUGGUAUUUUCAUAAUCAUCAUUAAGCCUGUGCCUCACUUGCUCUGAGAGAGAGCUCGAUUCUUGCCGUUUUCUCCGACGAUGUGUCUAAAUUUAUAUCAAUUGAAGGUAAUGGCGAGCCAAACAAGGGACAUAUCAUCUACAGUCCUGAAGAGUGAGCCUGGCUUGGUUGGAGAAAACCCAGAAGUUCUGUAGGAGUGAGGUCUAU